AUGUAAGAAGGAUAAAUAAUUUUAUCAGACAAUGAUUUUACUAAUAUUAAUAUUUAGCCGGCGGUUUAUAUAUAAGCUAAACAGAUAAAGCUUAACUCAUCAAGUUUUAAAGGAAAUAAUUAUAACCAGAAUAGCUUUUAGGGUGGUUUUUUAUAGAUCUUCACGAAUUAUUUGGCUGUUAUAGAGACUAAUUUCAUAAAUAGCUUAGCUGAAAAUGGUGCAGCUAUGUCUAUCAAUCCAAAUACUAAAAAUGCUAAUUUCACUUUCAUAAAUUGUCUAUUUUAAAAUCUGAUUGCUCUUAAAAAUGGUGCUGCUGUUUAUAUUAGAUAAGCUCUAAAUUAAACAUAAAUGAAUUUUAACAAUUGUACAUUUAAUAAUAUACUAUCGCAAUAUGGAGGAUGUGUUUAUGUAGCUUACCCUAUGAAUUCUUUAGAAAUUUAAUAUUUUUAUCUGGUUUAUCCGUAAAUAACAUUUUAAGGUUGUACCUCUUCUCACGUAUAUGCUUAGUAAGGAGGUUAUAUAUUUUCAUAAAAUGCGAACAUAAACCUUUAUAAUCAUACAUCACUAACUAAUAACCCUAAUAAUCUCUCAAGUAUAAAUUAUAUUAUUUUGUAAAGCUUGAACUAACUUUCUUUUUUAGGGGAAUACAUUUAUCUAUCUUAAAGCUAUUUUACUGCUGAAAAAAUAAAUAUUUAUGAUCAUAGCGCAAUCUAAGGUAGAUAUUAUAUUACCCAAUUAAAUCCUGUAUUUUUAAAUGCAGUAACUAAUAGCAAUGUUACUAUUAAAAAAACUGAAAUUAACUCAUGCUAAUUUCUAUAAUCAGGUUUUAUUCAACUAAUUUAAUCAUCACUCGAAAUAUCUGAAUCAAACAUAAAGAAUUUAAUGUUUUAAUAGAACGGAUAAAGGCUGAUGCAAACAAAUAUUAAUCUUUAAAUAUCUACUAAAUUUAGCGCUAUAAUAAUAAGUUAGUCUUAAAUCAAUCUAUAAAAAUUAUUAAUUUAUAACACAACCUGCACUCAUGAAUCUUGCAUAGGUGGUGCUAUGCUAUUAGAAAAUUCUGGAGGUAGCAUAAGUAGUUGCAAUUUUAUUUAAAAUUUUUGUUACGGAAAUGGUGGUGCCCUAAGUAUAUUAGGACUGAAUCAAAAUUUAACAAUUUAUAAUUCUGUUAUUAUGAAUAAUAGGGCAUAAAAAGGUAAUGGAGGAGGAAUAUCAUUUAUUUAUGAUCAAAACUUAUUUUAGUUAGCAAUAUUAAAUAGCUCAAUUUCUUAAAAUUUUGCUGAAUUAGGAGGAGGACUACAUUUUGAGUUUUAAAAGUUACCUUUAAGAAAUUAAUAUCUAGCAUAUCUUAAUAAUUCAAUUCUCAUACAAAAUUAAGUCAGUUAAUUUGGUGGUGGUAUCUACUAUAUUGGCAAAAAACCUUAUGUAAAUCUUUAAACUGAAGUUUCCUAAAAUACAGCAGAGAGCCCAUUUGGAAAGGACUACUUUUCAUAACCAAAAGAAUUAUCCUUAAAUUUAUAAUUAAGCUAACAUAUGUUUAAUUAUAGCUUUUAUUGGUUGAACACAGGUGAAAAGGUUUAUAAGAUAAAAAAUUAAGUUAGUGGAUAAAAAUUGCCUAAUAUAAUAUUUUAAAUGAUAGACGAAAGUGGUAGUAUAAUCAACAAUUAAUAUUUACAACUUGCAUAAGCAUAAUAAUUGGACCUAUAAUUAAAUGUUAAUAAAGCAGAGAAUAUGAAUAAUAUCUCGUUUGCAUUAGUAAGCUCCUAAAAAUCUUUUCAAUUUAAUAAUUUAUAUAACUUAAGUAACCUAAUAGUAAUAGGAUAACCUGGAACAUCUGUUUUUUUAAAUUUAACCAUAAACGGUAUUCAAUAAAAAAUAAAUAAUGCUUACAAAAUUAUUUUAUAGAUUCAAUUAAGGCCUUGCUAAAGGGGAGAAGUUUACGGUAAAUUUAUUGAUUAAACAUAAAACCAAUCAAAAACAUAUUACGAAUGCCAAAAAUGCAAGGAAGGAACAUAUUCGUUGGCUUAUCCUAGUCUAAAAAAUACAGAAAUACAAUGCCAAAAAUGCAUUGAUUUCGCAGAAUGUGAAGGAGGAGAUAUCUUGAAUAUUAGUGAAGGCUUUUGGAGAAUGAAUGAUUAAACAGAUGAAGUAAUUGAAUGUGUUAAUGCCCCAUAAAAUUGUUUAGGAGGUAAAGGAAACAAUACAUGCUCUAAAUCUCAUAUAGGCCCACUAUGUGAAAAUUGUGAUCUAAAAAAUAACUAUUCUAAUAUAAGCGAUUAUGAUUGUGAUUAUUGUGGAAGUCCAUUUAUAAAUUCACUUAAAAUUCUGUCAUUAAUGACUUUUUAUGUAACAACUAACCUAAAAAAAAAAUUAUAGAAAUAAAUUUUUUUAUAUAAAAAGAUACUUUUUGCCAAAAUAAGCGCUGAUAGUGUGUUAAAUAAGCUAGUUUAAGGAAUAAGUGUAAAUAAUAAUGUAUAAAAAUCUAAUAAACAGUUAAUGGAUACAUCAGUACUCUUGAAAUAAGUACUAAACUACUUCUAAAUUAUUGUAGUUUUAACAACUUUUUAGUUAAAAAUACCUAACAUGUUUGUUGUUUCAGUUGAUAUCAUAGCAAAUCCUACAACUCAAAUACUUUAUUCUUUUUAAUGUUUUUUCUAUUAAUUAUACUUAAAAACUGGUUUGAACAUGAUAUACUUGCAGCUAAUAGCAUCUGUAGCUUUACCCAUAAUAUUAAUUAUUAUAUUUUUAGUAUCAGGUGGUAUAAUUUAUAGAAAAGACCCUUAUAGGAGACCAAUUUAUUUGUACACAUCUUUUUUAUAUUGCUUCAUUUAUUUUCAGCCAAGUAUAUUCAAUAGAUCAAUAAGUUUAGUAACCUGCCGUUAGAUAGGUAAAAUUUAUUAAAUAAGAGAUUUUAAUAAGUUUUUUAAAAUUAUUAAAACAAAAAGGAAAAAUAAGUUACAUUUCGUUUAAUAGCUUAAAUGA